CCGGGGCAUCCCGGCCGGCGGGCCGACUCCAUGGAGGCCGGGCUGCUGUGGUUCUGCAACUGGAGCACGCUGGGCGUGUGCGCCGCGCUCAAGCUGCCGCAGAUCCACGCGCAGCUGGCCGCGCGCAGCGCGCGGGGCAUCAGCCUCCCGAGUUUACUGCUCGAGAUGGCGGGGUUUCUGGUCUUCCUGCGCUACCAGUGUUACUACGGGAAUCCACUUCUCACCUACCUGGAGUACCCCAUUCUCAUUGCACAAGACAUCAUCCUGCUGCUCUGCGUCUUUCAUUUUAAUGGGAACGUGAAGCAGGCUGUGCCCUACAUUGCUGCAUUUGUGGCUUCUUGGUUCAUCCUCAGCCUGCAGAAGUGGAUCAUUGAUCUGGCCAUGAACUUAUGUACGUUCAUCAGUGCGGCCAGUAAGUUUGCCCAGCUUCAGUGCCUGUGGAAGGCUCAGGACUCCGAAGCUGUGAGUGCACUGACUUGGGGUCUCUCUGCUUACACCUGUGCAACAAGAAUAGUAACAACUUUAAUGACCACCAAUGACUUUACAAUUCUUCUACGUUUUGUGAUCAUGCUGGCUUUAAAUAUAUGGGUAACAGCUACAGUAUUUCGCUACCGGAAGCCUAUUAUGAAAGCUGAAUGAUGGAUACGUCUUUUCCACACACAGUGGGUUGCAAAUGACAGUUUACCCAGUCAUUUCAGGAACUCUGGAGUCAGAAGUUUUUGGCCUUAAAGAAUCACUUAGCUUGGCAUGGUGGUGCACACCUGUAAUCCUAGUAGUCAGGACACAGACAGCCUAGGCUACACAGCACACCCUAAGAAGGAAGAGGCAGGUGGGUGAAGAGCUUGUUUAAAAAUGCCAAUUCCCCUUUCCCACUCUCCACUGAGAUCAUGGUAAGGGCUUACUUUUUUUUUUUUUGAGACAGGAUCACACUAUGUAGCCUACAGUGGCCUCCUGAGAUUUGGGAGAGUGAGGAAAAUAGAUGUGGACCUAACAUCUAACUUGACACCUGCACUUUUGACAUUUGUAGUGGUGUAACUUGCCCAGUCAUUUUGGCCUUUAGUCAUGACUGAGUGCUCUCUGAAAAGCCAACUACAUCAACAUUUUAUCUUUUAGAAUCUUUCCAUAGGCAAGAGGAACAGAGUGGGGUUUUGCUCAGUCAGAACUGGAAGUGUAGUGAGUCAGUACAGUCCACUCUAGAACUGUUUUAACUCUUAACCUAUAUGCCAUAAUGCAGUGUAACAUCAGCUGAAGUUCAGCAAGGGCGUCAAAGCAAGCAGAUAUAAAUGGGCUGUUUGUGUAUUAAUGUAGUCCUUCAACCUCGCACUGUGCCUCUAAGUACUUUCUCAACAGACUGUAGCCCUGUUUAGGAUACUAACAAGUUUUCCAAUUCAAGCAAAAUGUCACCUUUUGUUAAAAAACAGGCUAUGCUCAUACAUUCACCAUUAAUGGAACUUAGUACUGGCACUAGCCACAGCAGACUAUUUAGUAGCAUACUAUCUAACUAUUACGUAUUUUAUUCUCAUAGUAGCAUUUCUUAUCCUAUUAUUGUACACUGUAUUCCCCCCUUAAAAAUUUUAUAAACCCUAAUAUUUAAAAGAUCACUUUCCCUUUUUAUGUAAAUAUUAUUCUGGCAUAUCCCACUAAGUAAAUGUUGUUUACUGGAAAAUGUUUACUAUAUAAAAUAAACUUUCAUUUCUUGUA